CCUGACGCUGUCGGCCGGCACGGCGCUGCACGUGUGGACGGCCACGUUCACCGGCGCCCUGCGGGAGCAGCCGCUCAAAGAGCCGCCCAAGUGACCUCCACCGUGACGCUUCCUUCUUUAGGAAACCCUCCGCCUACAAACACAGCUUAAUGACAUCUAGUUUCAGUUUUUAAAUCCAGGAAUCAGACUCAUUAUAUCAUAUAUUAUUUAAUAUAUUAUAUAUUAUGUUAUAUAUUAUAUAUUAUAUAUUAUAAUCUUCUUCCUACAACUUAGAAGACCCUUAGCACUGGUCGGCUGCUCUCAUUUUUUGUGUUUCCUGCUAAAAGAGAUGUCCAUAACAUGAACUGUAGGAUCUACUGUUACUCUUCAUGUCUUAAAGACCUGGAUCAGGGACGCGUGGGGGAGCGUCUCUCAGUCUUAAAGUGAUGGAGGACAGAGAGGAGACGCGUGUGGAGCUGAUGGAGGACAGAGAGGAGACGCGUGUGGAGCUGAUGGAGGACAGAGAGGAGACGCGUGUGGAGCUGAUGGAGGACAGAGAGGGGACGCGUGUGGAGCUGAUGGAGGACAGAGAGGGGACGCGUGGAGCUGAUGGAGGACAGAGAGGGGACGCGUGUGGAGCUGAUGGAGGACAGAGAGGGGACGCGUGUGGAGCUGAUGGAGGACAGAGAGGGG